GGCGCGUGGCCUCCAUAACUAACCGCGUUUGCGACAUAGCUCCUGCAGCGCUUUUAGCUCUAUGCUUUGCUAGACCAGGGAUUCGUGGGUCCGGGGCCAAAACCCAAAAGCUACGCUGCGCUGGCCCUACUCACGUCUCAAGAAUGCUAUAGAAAGUUUACUAAAGUCCGGUUCUGUCAGCGCUUGCAACAUAAUGAGCUCGCCGGACGCUCCCGCGACGCUGCUAAGCCCAAACCGCUCUGUCAAGGAUGCUGCAAACGCUGGGGCUGCAGAACCCUCUUCCUCUGGGCGAGAGCAUAUCAGCGCUGGGGCUCAUGAGCUUGGGACCGCCAAGCCGGAGAAGAUGGAUGCCGCUUUGGGGCGUUUCAAGUCAGGCUCGCUCAACUUUCAGACGCUUAUAAGCGAGCUGGUGGCUGCAUCGGAGGCAGAGCGUCAGCAGCUGGAGGAAGCGCGGCGACAGCUGGACGAGGAGCGGCACGCGUGGGAGCUGGAGCGGCAGCGGAUGCACACCAUACUCAAUGACGCGGAGCAGGUGACGCUCAACGUGGGCGGCCUGCGCUUCACCACCAGCCUGUCCACACUGCGCAACGCGCCCAGCCCCUGCCUCUUCAACGCCAUGUUCAGCGGGCGGCACAAGCUGAGCAAGGACGAGGCGGGCUGCUACUUCAUCGACCGCGACGGCCGCCACUUCCAUGACAUACUCAACUACCUUCGCGACGGGCAUUUCAACUUCCCCGGGCCCGGCCUGCCCGACGCCGCACACCAUCACCACCACCACCACCUCUUGCAACCCGCCGCCGCCGCGGCCGCGGCCGCGGCGGUGCCCGGAAGCUAUGGUGGGAGCGGCGCAGCCGGGGGGCUGGGGGCGGGCGGGUACGGCGGCGCGGGGGGGCAUCUGCCGCUGUCGGGUUUUGGAUCCAACGGCACGGGGCUGAGCGCCGCUGACGUCAAGUACCUGCUGGAGCUCCGGGCGGAGGCCAACUACUACGGCCUCACAGGCCUAAUGGCGGCCAUCGACCGCUACCCGCACGGCCUGACGCGCGUGGCGCGGGCGGCAGCCCUGAACGUAGAGGACUCGUGGAUGUACGAGGACGGCCAGGAUGAGGUGGUGUUCAGUGUGGACAAGCCUGUGGCGCUGCUGGGCGUGGGGCUGUGCGGCACGGAGGGGGGGCUCACCGCGGAGCUGGAGCUGUACGAGGUGGACGCGGAGGACUUCAGUCGCGAGCUGGCCACCCUGUCCAGCUGCGCGCAGUCGUUCACCAAGGCCGACGGCGCCGUGCUCCGACUCAUGCUCACAGACCCCGUGCCGCUGCAGCCGGGCAAGUUCUACAUGCUGUCGGCGCUGAUCAAGGGCGCCGAGUCCUUCUGCUGCGAGGAGUGCCUGGACACAGUCAUCACAGCCGGCGUCACCGUGCACUUCCACCCCUGGGAGAGCCCCAACGGCACCUCGGAGCACCGGGGCCAAUUCCCCGAGCUCUACAUACGGCUGCUGUAGGGGGUUAACGUUGAAGCAAUCCCGUAAGGAAACAGUCGCGCUGCAAGGAGAACUGCAGCUGCAUGUUCGAUUCGUUGUACAUCACCAUAGGUAGGGGGGUGGAAGGGAAGGGAGGAGGCGGUUGAGAGGGAGGGGAGCAGCGGGGUUUCUAGGACCACAGGACGCCAGGCGCGGCCCAGCGCUGCUGCCGUGUACACGCGCGGGCAUGUCAGGGCACAAUGAGCCGGCGGAGCCGACGGCGGCUUGAAGGGGACACACACAGAGGCUGCAGGAGCAGGCUUCUUGGUGUGGGGGUGAGAGGAGCAGGCUUCAGAUGCGACCGCAAGAUGCAGGAUGAGGCGGCGGGCGCCCGGCGCCUUUGGAUGCAGCCGGCUGUUGCAGUGGGGAGGUACCUAAUGUGGUUGGCGUGGGAUGUGGAAAUGGGCUGUAGGUGUGUGAUGGGACAGGGUUUAGGCUGUGUGCUGUAGGUGGGAGGUCCGGGUGGUGGCGAGGCAGGUAGGUGUUGUAGACGGGCACUGCCUCAGCCUCGGCCUCAGCCUGGAGCGGGGAAUGCACGGUGGUGGGGGGGCGGCUGCCGAGGGCUGCGCGUGUUGGUACUGGGCGUUGGAGGGGCUUGCUGCUGCGGGCUGCUGCCUCUGGUGUGCCGCUGAGUUGGGCUCGGCUUGGUGACGAGGGUUUGCGCACACGGCCAUAAAUGGGUGGUGCGGCACGUGUGUGGGUGCGGGUGAUGAUACGUGCUAAACACAUGAUGAGACAAGUGUUCCCCGGUCACGGGAAAAGGGGCUGAGCCCCUCCACAGUCUGAGGGCGAACAACCUCAUCGCCCGGACAUA